GGCUUCUGUCUCAAUUCAGUUUAAUCCAAUCAACUCACCUCACUCUGUCCUAUAUUCACCCAUGAGAAUGUUUUUUUGGGUGAAAAACAGCUGCUUCUUCCUGCUGAUAUUGGCAUAUGGAAUAUAGCAACAGCACUUCCUUUCGCUCAUCAUGUGUCCAUGGCUCUCAAGGUCAAAACUGCUGAAACCAAGGUUGUUCUGGUGAACCUGUUGAUAUGCAUGGUAGUUUUCUACACUGUGUACUAUGUGGUCCUAUCUGUAUGCUUUGCAGUAUUCAAGAUUAAAAUGUUGGAUGGUUGGGCACCUUUUGAUUUUAAGACAAAUCCCUCAUGGAUUAACCCACAUUAUUUAGUUCUUGUGAUCUCAUUGGAAACAACUUUCUUCAUUUGUGGUCUCCUAUUUGCCCUGGUUGUGGAAGAAUGGGUUUGGGAUUAUGCUGUAACAGUUACUAUUAUUCAUAUCAUCAUAACUUCAGUUGUUAUGUCUGAAUUCCCCCUGAUGUUACACUGGUGGCUGGCAUUAGUCAUAUAUUUUCUUUCAGGAUCUGGAGUAAUUUCAAUGACUUGUGGAGGACAGAUUUUGGCAUACUGCUUGUUCAAAGACAACUUCAUUUACCCAAUUCUAGAUGAUUUUUGAAAAGGAAAAUUAGAAAUUGCCUUCAUAUGGCUUCUAUGGAUUCAUUAACAACAUAAUUAAAAUGAAGGUAGCAACUGUCUAAUUGUAAGCCCAAUAUUUGGCUUACCAGAUCUCUUGUAUCUUACAUUUGUUCACAAUGACAAUGUAAUCACUUUUGGCUGUUGUAUGUAAUCGUUUUUAGCUUCUGUAUGUACAUUUUCCAUUAAGCAAAUAAUAGGAUACACUGUCUCUUUUUUAAAAAAAACCCAAACAAACAAAGCAUAAAAGCAAUGAUGCAAUGCUCUUGCAAAAUCCUACAAGAAAAAGGAAAAAAACAGAUUUGAAUUUAAUGUUUUCUGGGUACUUGUUAUCUCUUGUAUUUUAUGAAAUGCUGACUCUAAUUUAGCCUGGAGUCUGUCCUUUCAAAAGCGCUACAAAACUUUAAAGUCACCCCAUCUAGCAUAAAUUGCUGUGGGUUUAAAGCAGUCUUUACUGGCAAGCCCCUGGGAAAGAGGAAUCCUUGAACAAUAUAGCGCUGCAUCUCUUCCCAUCUUAAAGCUCUCACCUAGAAGUUGCCCAAGACAACAGCAGGCAGAUUUACAAUCUCCCAUGUUUAGUUGACCCCCUUGCUUCUAGAGAUGCUACGGACAAAUGUUUUCUACAAUAGCUUCAGGCUAUUUGCUCUUUCACUAAUAAUCCAUUUAUGGUCUGGCUGUGCUGGAAGGAGGAAAGGCAAAUGUCACUGGGCAGCUACUAUUAUACAUAUCCCUUUCUCUCUCCCCCAGCUGCAAGUGGCCAAUGCCAAAGUGUGAGGGUAGUGGUAAUUAAAAACAACAAAUAAAUCACAGUGGCGGCCUCAAGUAAAUUUAUUUCUUUCACCAUAAUAAAGUUGUAAUGCAAAAAUUGCUAGAAGGCAACUUCAUCUUUACUACGAUACCAGUGAUUAGAUUUCAACUGCAGUUUGCUUAGAAGAGCAAGGCUGGAUUGCUGUUUGCACAGGAGUGCUAAAUGUUGCAUUUGCCUUAAUCUUACUCAACAGAUAAUGCCUCUGAAGAAUCUGUCCCCUGUUGAUCUAAUCAAACAUCCUAAAAUUUUUUCAAGUUUUACAAUUUUCAAUUAAGUUAAUACUGGAAGUACAUAUGCAGUGAGAAGCAUGUUUCAGAAAACACUGAAAUGAGUGAGUUUCUCUCUCAUGAAUGAUAGAUAUGUAAAUCAUUUUAGAGACAAACCAGGUAUGUAAAUCCAUAGCAUUGAAUAGACAUAGACUUUACAAGUUGUUCGGUGUAAUAUGCUGUGUACCAAAGUCAGCAGAGAUAAUUCUGGAGAGUGAACUAACUGACCCGCACUUAUCACUGGUCUGAACCACGAACUGUUUACAGUUUGAUGGAUUUGUAUCUCCAGAAACAUUAGUGUGCAGAUAACUGGCUAGUAUUAUGUGUUUGAAAAACAGUUGCAGUUUUCUUCCAGAUUUGUUUCAGUUCAGAACUAUAAAAAUGGAUGGGAAGGAAAUACCAUCUAAUGUAAAUUCAUACCUCUGUCCUCACCCUCACACAGUCUGUGUGUGUAGGUAGUGUGCCAUGUGCCAGAGCAUGAGUGGAUUAGAUAUAAAGCUAAUCCACGGGUGGAACAAGUUUCUAUUUUUAACCUGAAAGGAUUUUCCUCUACAUGUGCCAGCCCAGCUGCAGCUUGUAGGAGCUCUGUCGCCCAGUUCUGUCAUUUUAAACUUUUGUUUUAUAUUUAAAACCUUAAAUCACCAGCAAGAAAUACCUUCAUUCUAAUAUGAAGAGCUCUUUAGUCCUAGAAUUUCUCCAAAGCAUGUAGUACUAGACCAAUGCUAGAAACACAACCACAGCAAGAACUCUAUUGAGGAUUAAAAGCCCACGUGCAGCUAUUAAAGAGUCAUUAACUUUUUGCAUUACUUUUAGAUAUGGAAUGGUGAACCAUUUUCAACAUUAUCUAUUUCACCUUUUCCAUCAAUUCUAUGUUUAGCACCAAUGAUAAAUACUACACAUAAUAUAGUUUAAUAUAUACUUUAUAAUUUGUAGACAAAGUUCAUAUUAUACAAAUUAAUAUUCAUCAUGUAAGCAAUAUGAGCUAUAUCUGUGUAGGCAUUACUUGGUUAGAAGCCUUCAGAGAUAAUAUCUAACACUGUAUGAUUUCUAUGUGAUACACCAAAACAGUACUGUAGAAUAUGACAAACCUGGCUGUUUCUGGAACAAUAAUAAAGAGAUCCACUUGAGCAAUUUGCAUGUGACUAACUGCUAACAGUCAAGACAGGUGGAAAAGAAGAACUGCUGGAGGAAAAGAAGGGUUGCUACAGAAAGCAAAAGGAAAACAGAGAAAACACCAUCAGGAACGUGUUUGAAAAAGGCACAAUGAAAGCAAGAAAUGAGAAGGGAGAAAUGGACAAGAUCAGUGAAAGAAGAAAAAAAUCUGCAGACUGUAGCACUGCAGUCUCACAACAUGAGACUUGUAUGCCACUUGUAUGCCACCAUCUGUUUUUCUGCUGAUCUAUACAUGACUCUAGGAAAGGUGGUCUCCACUUCCAUAGUUACGACUGUAAUCUGUGAUGUUAUACCUGUACCUCCUGCUCCAGGAUUUUCAGAAUUCAUUGCUCUGACAGCCAGGCACAGGAAUAUUGUCCAAUUUAGUUCGUGUGGGCUUGGUGUUAAGGUAUUUAACCCCUUGUGAUACAGUCUAGGAGUCACAAGUUUGCAGAGGUAUCGUUAGGGGUGUAGACAGUCUAGAAAACAUUACAAACAGAUUGAGACUUUAUCCACUUCCAGGCAGAGUUUGUGGGGAAGGUUAGAAGUUGCAAACAUCAGGUACAGAAAUCUAUGAAACAGUACACAAACGGCAUACCUUAAUAAUACCAUACUUAAGUAAUUCUAAGGGUUUUUUUUGAGAGGCAAGAAACUCCUUUGCAUCAUGUCCAACCACACUACUGUCAGAUAAUAGUUCUCCUCAAUUCAGCCAUCUCUCUAAACAGCUCUGCAUUAAUUCUUGUUCCAAAUGGUGAAGUGUCUUACUCAUAAAAAAGAACAGGAGUGAAAUACAUUUUUUUGGAAACUCUAAGCAUAUAUUCCUAUGUUAAUAGCACUGCCUUCAAUGUAAUGUCAAAGUGUAAACCCAUUCAAAAAGUUGUUCUGAGACCAACAAACUAACUCAAAUGUGUAAAACCAGCCAAGUAUCAAACUAUGGGGUACAGACAAUGUAGUAAUUUUUAGCUGGCAUUUUUGUAAAAAUACAGGUUUAAAUACUUAUCAUUUCCUGGUGAAGUAAAGAGCUGGUUACUCAACCUAAGCCUGUCAUUUUUCCACCUCUGUAAAUUGUUUGAUCAACAUUUCCAUCUCUUCUGUAUUCUAACUUUAAAAAGCAAGCAAAACAAAA